UGUGAAUGAAAAAAUGAAUGUUUUGUAGGAUGAAAGUACUAAUAUUGUGUAGGAGUUUCGAAUUGAAUAAAGAACUCGGAAUGUUCUAUUUACAAAUCGGAAAAUAGUUAAAUGGUGAAGGUAAACGUGAACGAAGGAUACGUCAAUUAAAGCUGCGUUAAAUAUGUGAUGUGAAAUGUUACAGGGGCUUCAUUCAGAAAGGAUUUACAAGUAACUGUGUGAUUUACGCAACACGAGUGAUGUAUUUUCACCAAUAUCCAAACCACACACUGUCCAGGAGCUAUGAAAACAUCACAUCACCAUCCCAGGAAAAUGGCAAGUACCUGUGACCUAGAGAUUUGGAAACACAGUAAAUGGAGGACUAUUGACCAAUAGUAUAACUCGAAACAUUCCAAUAGAGUGCCAUUUAAUCACAAUUAAUAUAUUUAGCCAAAGUUAAUAGUAUUAUUGUAAAUAUGUGUGAUGACUCAAAACCCCUACUGGGGGGCAACAAGUUAUCAAGUAUAAGAGUCAGAAAGAAGACAAGUUGGGUGCUGAAAGCUUCUACAUUGAGGAAGUGUGUUAUUGCAGUGACAUUCUUCUCUGUGGUCUUAAUCUUCAUCUAUUCUAGACAGACAAGAUCUCCAUACUUCACCAACUUCAUCUACCGUAAUGUACGCCCGCAGCCCAACAUUCGUUGCGGCGUGAUGAACAGUCCCAGGAUCAUCCAAAAUCAUGACCACAAGACUGACGCCCGUCUGCGCAGCUACCCAAAAGUGCUUGUGUUCGUUGAAACUAUGUACUCGAAGCUCGGAAGAGACAUUGCAGAACUACUGGUGCACACUAGGAUUAAGUACAAAAUCGAAGUAACUGGAAAAAGUGUCCCAGUCUUGACGAAUUUAGACAAGGGUCGUUAUGGCGUUAUCGUGUUCGAAAAUUUCACCAAGUACCUUAAUAUGGAUAACUGGAACAGAGAAUUGUUGGACAAAUAUUGCAGAGAGUACUCCGUGGGCGUUAUAGGAUUCGUGCCAUCAGAAGAGGAGACUUAUGCUGGGGCUCAACUAAAAGGGUUUCCUUUAUUCAUACAUUCUAACUUGAAGCUAAAAAAUGCAGCACUAAAUGCAGCAUCUCAAAUACUAAGAUUGACUAGGGCAGGAGAAACUGUAUGGGGCGAGUUGCCAGGCAACGACUGGACUAUAUUUCAGGCAAAUCAUUCGACUUACGAACCUUUAGAAUGGGCUACAAGAAAUGAUUUUAUCCAAAGGAACGAAUUCAUAUCUGAUAAUUUCUCACUAGCUGGCGUUCGGACUCCACCGCUGACCACCGUGAUUCAAGACCAUGGCCUUUUUGACAACAUUCAACGAGUGAUUUUCGGUUCCGGCCUACGUUUUUGGUUGCACAGACUUUUAUUCCUUGACAGUCUCAGCUACCUGAGUCAUGGACAACUGAGCUUAUCGCUGGAAAGAAAGUUUCUGGUGGACAUUGAUGAUAUUUUUGUAGGAGAGAGUGGUACAAGAAUGAGACCAGACGAUGUCAAAGCUCUCAUAGCCACACAAGAGAGGCUAGCUAGUAUGGUUCCAGGAUUCAAAUUCAACUUAGGCUUUUCUGGCAAGUAUUUCCAUCAUGGCAACAGUGAGGAGGACAGCGGCGAUGAUCUGGUACUCGAAAAUGUGGAUAAAUUCACGUGGUUUUCGCAUAUGUGGAAUCACCAGCAACCUCAUCUAUAUGACAACUUGACCUUGCUUAUGGAGGAUAUGCAGUUGAACAGGAAUUUUGCUAAGGAGAAAGGCAUCCCUGUCGACUCUGGGUAUUCAGUGUCUCCUCACCACUCUGGAGUAUAUCCAGUCCAUGAGAUUCUCUACACAGCGUGGAAAAAAGUUUGGAACAUCAGAGUGACAUCUACUGAGGAAUACCCGCAUUUAAGACCAGCACGGUUGAGGAGAGGUUUCAUUCACAGAAACAUCAUGGUAUUGCCCAGGCAAACUUGUGGUCUAUUCACGCAUACAAUGAUGAUAGACAGAUAUCCUGGGGGUAGAGAGAAGUUGGACGAGUCUAUCCAGGGUGGUGAAUUGUUCCAAACCAUCGUGUACAAUCCGAUAAACAUCUUCAUGACCCACAUGUCAAACUAUGGAAAUGACAGAUUGGGGCUGUACACUUUCGAGUCGGUUAUCAAGUUCAUACAAUGCUGGACCAACAUUAAGUUGUCUACAGCGCCACCCUUGCAGUUAGCCGAAAACUAUUUCAAAUUGUAUCCCGGGGAAUCGGAUCCUGUUUGGGGAAAUCCGUGUGAUGAUCACCGACACCAGAAAAUAUGGUCUCGCAACAAAUCAUGUGACUCCUUACCAAAAUUUUUGGUAAUAGGUCCUCAAAAGACAGGGACAACUGCUCUCUAUACAUUUCUUUCUCUCCAUCCCACUAUAGCCAGUAAUCUGCCCAGCCCAACUACCUUUGAAGAAAUCCAAUUUUUCAAUGCUCACAAUUACCUCAGAGGUCUGGACUGGUAUAUGGACUUUUUUCCGGUCGACUCCAACACCUCAACGACCAGGUACUACUUCGAGAAGAGUGCCACCUAUUUCGAUGGAGAACUUGUACCAAAACGAGUGCACGCUUUACUUCCGCGCGCUAGACUAGUCACAAUUCUGGUGUCGCCAGCGAAACGCGCUUAUUCUUGGUACCAACACGUCAAAGCUAGAGGGGAUGUGGUGGCGAAUAACUAUAGUUUCCAUCAAGUUGUCACUGCUAGCGAUACGGCUCCGAAAGCCUUGAGGGAUUUGAGGAACAGAUGUCUAAAUCCAGGAAAAUACGCCCAACAUUUGGAAAGAUGGAUGACGUAUUUUCCGCCCCAGUCCAUUCAUAUAAUCGACGGCGAAGAACUGAAGAACAACCCUGUGGAAGUGAUGAAUGAAUUGCAGAAAUUCUUGAAGAUUACUCCAUUCUUCAAUUACACUGAGCACCUGAGAUUUGAUCCGAAAAAGGGGUUCUACUGCCAAGUAAUCAAAGGUGAUCAUACGAAAUGCCUUGGGCGUAGCAAGGGCAGACACUACCCGCCCAUGGAAGAGAAGUCCCUAAAGCAUUUGCAACGGUACUACCUGAGUCACAAUACGGCUCUGGUGAAAUUGUUCAAGAAGAUUGGGAUUCGUGUGAUUCCUAACUGGCUCAAAGAGGAUCUCUCGGAUAAGAAUGAUAAAGACGAUUGAAAAAACUGUUAGGUAAAUGUGAAAAAAUGCUCAUUUCAUUUUGUUGUUUUUUUGAAGUUUUUUUUUGUGAAACAGGUUGGAUGCGACAUUAUCAAGUGUUGCAUUAAAUGUUUUUUUCCUCUAUUUUCCGAGUUAAGUUAAUACAUUGCAUGGUUUGUAUUCGAUAUACGGGGGUUGAUUCCUAUGCUCCGCUAGUGAUUUUUUUGCGGAUGCUCAUUUGAAGAUGAUGGUUUACAAAAUAUUAAGUUAUAAAUGUCAAACUGUUUUGACAUUAUUUGAGACAAGGAUUUCAGUAGAGGUGAGAAAUUAUAUCUUGUGACCAUCAAUGUGGUGGUGGUUCACAUGCAAUGCUAAUGAUCUACUGAAAAAUUAAAAAAUGCAUGAUUUGAUAUUGCAAUACAGACAUGACGGAGACAUUAUGUAAACUCAAUCUUAAAAUUGGGAGAUGCUCUUAAUAAGGAACGUCGUGCUCCCGGCCAUACCUUUUGCAUUCGUAAGGCUGCGCUCUGCCAGACAGGCUUCAAGUUUAUGCACUUCAUUUGCCAGUCCUGGCCCCCCAAUAAUCACAUUUCCAAAAUUAAAACGACAUAAUAUACAGUAUAGGACUGUUUUUCAAGAGUCAGACAAAAUUAUAAUCAGGAGGCCACUGAAAUGCUGGAGCACUGGUUAAUCAAGAGCAAUGCUACGAAGGUUACAAAAAAAUCUACCUAGCUAUGAAACGGAGGUACGUACGAUUGACUGUCAAAAAAUCCGUCGACGGCUGCUUCAUCUGAGUCAAAACGCCAGCCUCGGAAGAUUUUUUUUUCAUAAUCUAAGUAGAUAAUAGUCAAAUGGUCCGAACUAUAGAGAGAUGGUCUAUCUCAACGAAACUGCAUUCAUGCAAAGUUGAUGUAAUUUUGACAGCCUUAAGCACGGUCCCAUUGUCAUGCAGCUGAAACACUGUUCUGGUUGAUUGCAUUACGUAAAUUCUUCAGCGUGUACGCAUAGACGUCCGCAUUUAUUGUUGUCCCAUUCAUUGAGAAGGAUGCCCUUGUUGUCUCAAAAAACUGUCAUAAAUUUUCUGACAAAGGGUUGCUUCCGUACCUUUUUGGGGGGUGGAGACCCUUUAUGAAUCCACUGCUUGGAUUCUGUUUUUGUCUCAGGAUCCCAAUGAUACACCUAGUCUCGUCGCACAUCACAAUUUUUGCCGAAAAUUCAGAAUCCUUGGUCAAAGUUUCCAAAUGACUUUCAGAAAUUUCCGACCUGCGCAAUUUUUGUUCUCUCUAUAGUCGUGGAACCUACCUGACUGACACCUUACUCAUAUUCAAAUUGUCGUGCAAGAUGAUUAUUAUGCUUGGUUCCAAUAUAUUCAAUGUCAUACUAAUGUCGAGACCUUCGAUAACCAUGGCUUCAACGUUUUUAACAAUUUCAUCAUUUGUUGCUGUUUUGGGUGUUCCACUUCUAGGAUCGUAUUCUCUAGAUUCACGCCCCCGUCGAAACUUUUUCGACCGAAAUUUCAUAGUGUAAUAUGGUGCAUCAUCCCCAUAGACGGCAACUAUUCUCUCAAGAAUUGUUUUCGGCUGAUGGUUCUUUGUCAGGAAUUUUAUGACAUUGUCAUACUCUACGCUACUCAUUUUUCCUCACAAUUCACUUUGUAUAUUCAAAUUUAUAGUAUAGUUAGAACAUAUGCCACUAUUUGACAUAUUAUGUUUGUGGGUUUCAAUUGUUUUUUCAUAGCUAAGUAGAUUUCCUUUCUAGCGUCCCUCGUAUUAGGAUAGAUUAAGUAGAAAAAUGACUCGCGAAGUGUAGCUUUAUUGCAUGGAAAUCAGGAGAGUGCUAGAAAAUAGAGAUGAGGAACCGUCGUGUUUUUACGUUAAACACAAAGUUAAACAUCGUAUCAUGAUUCAUCUUAUUUUCCUGUUGUUCACUAAAAAAAUACAGCUACAUAUAUUUUGUUUGCGCUUGCCCUUGAAGUAUCGUCAUUUCACAAGGUUUGUAAGUGAAGAAAAGCAAACUUUUCUGUAUUCAUCUAUGCAUAAUCAUUUGAUUCUCAUUUGAGUGAACAUUUGUGAUUAAUAAAAAGUUGAAUGAUUAAUACUGAACAAUGCAAGUACAAAGAAUCGCUGGAUAAAUAAAUACUUCGUUAUCACCGCAUCCUCUUUUAGUUUUAGUUUGCCAUAUUCGCUCGUACUUAGACACUAGUUUUUAAGUUAUUUAUUCGAUCCAUAUAUUAAUUGUGAUAUUUUAAAUGUAAAUCAUUGUAUAUACCUGUAUAUUUCUCGCUCAUUUGUUGUAUGUUCACACGAAUUUAGUUGGUAACGUGACAUAUCAAGUGUAUUUUUCGCAAUUGAGUAUAGAUGCGACGUUUCAGAAUGGAAUUGUUAAAAUAAUUGAUAGAGAUCCAAGUUAUAAGGUGUUUUCUUAAGAUCCUGUAAUAAAAAUGAACAUAGUCUUAAUUUAUCUUGAGCAUUUUUAAAAAUCUUCAUUAAAAUAUUUUCGAAUACACGUUGUACGUAUGUAACCCGAUUUCGGCAGAAUACGCAGUGUUUUUUUUAAAUUCGCUAUGAACGGCAGCUGUAUAAAGCGAAGGUGUCUAAAUUCAUCUGUCAAAAAUCUCACAUAUAAAAUCGAUUUAUAAACUCUGACGAUGUUGUACCGUAACACUGCCGCUGGCAGUUAAAAUCAGUUUAUAAACUUGCUAACGUUACGGCGCGUAACGUAUAACCUAGCCCAAAGUUGCUUAAUUUUUCACGUAUUUGAAAACUGCAGGGUCUUCAUCACUUAUAACACACGUUUCCUGAUAAUUCAUAUUAUCAUUUAAAUAAACUAGAAAAAUGAAAUGCGAAAGGCUUUCGCGCCCAUCAUCCAAUGUUAUUUGGUUGGUUUUUUGUAGUUAGGCCGUCGUGAAAUAUUUUUACUUGACGUUUCGCCAGCUCGAGUGGAUGGCAUCUUCAUAAGAUGUUCACAGUUCGGAGUCUUGUGAGCUACUGACAUCUCCGCAGUCUUAGCUCAUACACAGAGUACUGCCAGAGGCGACACUCUGUCUAAAGUCAGGUUCUAUCAACGCCAACUUGAGUUCUAUGCAUGUGGUGGGAUUCCUGUUGCUGUGACAUUUAGGUGUUAUCCGUGGAAUGUUUUGACACGUGACCACAAAACAGUUUUAUCAAUAUAAAUCAAUUAUCUGGCCUAAAUGCAUUUGGGGAAAUAAUAAACACAAAUUUCUUCAUUCUGUAGCUUGACAUAUGACGUCCAUGACGUCAGGCUAAUAACGCGUAACAACCCCUAGGAAAAAAUCCUCCUGACGCUAAAGAACAUAAGCGGGAAAUGUGGUAAGCAGUUGGGGACACGAAGAUCGAAGGGACCGACAGCUGGUGUCGCAUUUAUAUAAUACAUAUGUGGCUCAUAUUUAUGUGUGCCUUGGAUUAGUGAUGGAAAAUUCUCGAGAACAAAAAAAUUGAGAAUAUUCUCGAGAAUAUUCUCAAUAAUGAGAAUUUUCUGAUAACGACCUACUAGAAGUAGUAAAACCUACACAAAAUCUAAGAUUUUAUUGAACAUUAACAAAAACAAAAUAUAAUAACUUAUGUUCCAUCUUUGGAGAUAAAUAAAAAAAUAUUCUCGUUAUUUCAAAAACAUAAAAAACAAAGUAAAAAGUUGAACAGACUUAAACAAAAUGAAGUUAAGAAAAUGAGUCAGAAAAAAUUUCCAGGUCACAGUUUUCAUUCUCUGACGCCUCCGACUCAUCACCAUCGUCAGACUCCAAUAUCAUUCUCACUGCCUCUAUUUUUUCAAGACUCUCCUUCGACUGGCAGUACGAAGUAGGAGGGUUCUCUUCUUCAUAUUUGGACCGUUUGGACAUCGCUGAUACCUUGUCCUGGUCCAAUAGUUUUAAAUUAUGAGCUAUGGAAGUAACUUUACCGGCUCGCUCAGCUGUCAGUCGGUUUCUUUUUGAAGAGUGUAUGAAACCAUAUGUACUGAAACUUCUUUCGGUAGCCGCGCUAGUCGCAGGCAUUCCCAGAAUUUGAACCGCUAAUUUACUUAGUUUUGUUCCAAAACAGGUUCCUUUCCACCAAAUUUCCGGCUCUAAAGUAUCGAUGGACCUUAGAACGUACGGUUUUGCAAAUAAUCCUUCUUUAGAUCUGUAAUACGCCAAUUCUGCCAUUAUACUUGCUGCGUCUUCUGGGUAUUGUGGGUUAGCCAUAUUAUCAAUAAACUCGGUACCAUGAAUUUGCUCCUCAUUGGUCAAAUGAACACCAUUAAAACGAGGGUCUAAUAUAUUAGCUGCCAAAUGUAUUGGGUUUAUGACAAUACGCUUUCUUUUUACUAAAAAUUCCUGUAAAUUUUGCUCUUCUUGCUUUGUAAGGGGACUUGAAGGUAACACUGUUUGAAAAUGUUUUUCCAAACUAUAGAAACAUUCUACUACUUGACUUAGUUUUGGCUUGUCUGACUCUAGUUUGGUUAUUUAUUCAACAAUGGGGUUAAUUAAAUUGAACAGUUUUAACACUCUUACCCAAAAUACAGCUUCAUCUAAAACUAAUCUUUCUACUUGCUUACUCAAUAUAGUAUCCACAGUUUCACAAACUGCUAAAGCUUUAAGGGCAUAUUUGGUAUCAAGCAGACUUUUCAAGCUGUGGGUAAUUGAUCCCCAUCGAGUUUUGACGGGUAACUUUAGCGAUAUUGGUACAGAUGUCCCCUUUUUUUCAGUCUGGAUCUUUUUGAAAGUGGCUAGUAAAAGAUGAGAAUUAUUAAUUUCCUUAACGAUACUUUUAACAUCGUCCUCUAUCGAAGCCAUAGUUCGCAUUUUUGAGAUGUCUCCUAUUAAUAAGUUAAGUGUGUUGGCGACCCAACCGUAAACAGAUAUAUGUUUAUAUUUUUCGUGAAUAUUGUUCCUGGCUUUCACCAUUGCACUGGCGUGGUCCGUCACUAGAGCACUAAAUUUUUCUGGUCCUAUUUCUGUUAGUACCUCUUCUAUUUUUUCGGCCAUGUACUCUGCAGUAUGUCGAUUUGUGUCAGUAGUGAAAGUUUUGAAGAAAAUAGGUGUGGGAGUGGUGAUAAUAAAGUUAAUAAUGGAUUCGUUUCUCCUGUUGCUCCAACCAUCGCACUGCAGGCCUAAAGCAUUGGCUUCACUUAUUUUAAUUUGUAUGUUGGCUGCGAUGCUUUCAUAUUCUGUAUCUAGAAGUUGAUUAGACAAAUAAUAUCGUGAGGGCAUUUUAAAGGUUGGCCUUAAUGUUUGAAAGAAUAACUGCCAAUGUUUAUUUUUCAAGAUUGCAAAUGGUGUUCCAGAAGCAUAAACUGCUCUUGCAAAUAGUUGAUCCAACUUUGCUUGCUACUCUUUAUUUGAAAAAUCCAUAAAUCUGCGUAAUGUGGAACGAGAGUUUGCUGAGUUACCGCCAAAGCUACCUGAUAUGCUGGCAGCUUUUGUUAAAGUUUCCUCCUCUUCACACUGAUCUGAAAAAAAUGUUUUAUUUUGACUUGAUUGAAUUUAAAACUUAAGCAAAAAAUAUCCUUCCACUGUCCAUGUAAUAAAGCAUACAUUUCUAAAUUAUCCCGGAAUAUAUCCUUUAUAGUUAACUCACUAUCUAUGUUAAAAUAAAAUUUCUGUUCCAUCAGUAACACACAAGCCCGAACACAACAAACUUAUACCCCUUGAAGUAGCCUUCUUUUCAAUAUAUCCUCCAUAUACAUACCUUUCAAAGAUGAAGCUGCAGUACUCGACGGAGAUGAUACAUUUUCUGAUCCUACUAUUUUAAAGUCUCUCUUAAUAUUACUGGGACAUUUUAAGCACUUCAACAAGUGUUUAGUCAUCCUUGUAGCAUUUUUUACUUAUUCACUAGCACAAAAUUUGCAGGUACGUAUAUAAACUACUUUUCCUUCAAGUUUUUUCAAGUCAAAAUGAUUCCACACAUUACUUUUUGGUUUGGUUAUUUUCCUAUCACUCAUGAUUUUGACGAUUUACGUGUUCAACAAACGAAAAAUAAUUCUAAUACUGUCGUUCGGUUGCGAUGCUUGCAGGUUAUGACAGGAAGAAAUACAAAUAAACACCUCUAGGAUUCCGGGAUUCCCCACGCGGUCCGUUUGGCUCGCUAAAAGUAGGUUUCCGACGGUAACGCCCAGCCGGGUAAGGCCGCGUGUACACCAUACUGCUAAAAGCAUUUUGAGAAAAUUACCGGCGAGAAUUUUCUCCACGAGAAUAUUCUCGUUCUCCAGAAUAUAUGUUUUGAGAAUAUUCUCGCUCACAUCACUACCUCGGAUGAUGGGGAGAGCUCUUCGGGAAUCAUCGACUGACGUCGCGAUCGGGAUGACUCGGCUGUUGUUUUGCCAUUUGGAUGACGCCAUCUUUGUGUUUUUUAAUACUGGUAACCAGGUUUUGUGUACUUUCAGUGAUUCCUCUGUUUUUUUUAAGUUGUCCGUGUGUUAGUAUAUCUCUACAAUCUUGCAUGGUAUGCUGGUGUGUUAGCAAUGACCUGGGCUAUUAAAUUUGAAGAAGCCCAGGUCAUUAGAGUAGCUCACAGGACUCCGAACUGUGAACAUCUUCUGAAGAUGCCAACUAUGUUGGCAAAACGAAUAUUUUACAACUGCCUAAUUACCCAAAAACCAACCAUAUUUGGUUUGUUAUUACAAACUAGAUAAAGAUUAGCUAACAUUCUCAAAGGAAGCCAUGUAGCCUUGUCGAUUACAAAAGGAAAACAAAACAUAUGUCACGUUAAACAGAGCGAAAAGCAUGCGGAAAAACCAGCUAUCGCAACAAACACGUGAUUUGCAGGCUCCCUUUCAUUGUAUGAAUGGGGAACGGAAAAACUACCUCAAGUCUAGCGUCAGCCUUGCGGCCGAACGUUGCGGAAUUCCUGUUUAUAAACAGUUUAAAAUCAAGCGCAUGAAUCAAGUUCUGCGUUACGGCAACGGUACGGUACGUCAGAGUUUAUAAAUCAACCUUUCUUUAGAUAAUUAACGUCAUUCCUCUAAACAAAGGAAAUCAUAAUAUUGAAAAUGUAAACAUCAUUAUUUUCGGUAAUAUAGAAAUAUGUUAAACAAAACACCUUGUAAGAAGCUCAAUAAUAAUGUCUGAAUAAAAAAAUAAAUGACUUGCGUCCAUUUUAUUAGACUAGUUUAAUAGUAAGAUGUGUAAUAGCUUUAUAUAAUUAUUUAUUGAUACUUUUCUAAGUGUAUCCGUCACAUCUGUGUUUUAUAAAUUAGUAUGCUAUUCCUUGACUAUAUGCCAAUAUCUGCAUUUUGGUCAGGGUGGUCAAAGCACAGGAAUUUGCUAUAGUAUAAUACUUGAAUAUAUGCUUAUCAAAAUUUUCAUUUUCUCAAAACAUAUGGCAACUGGCUCUAUCAAAGAAUGUUUCUUAUUCCAGUUUUGGUCAAUUACUCCAUUGCUAUCUUCUUAAGCCCUGCUUCAAUAAUAAAGAAUCACUGAACGCUUCUAUUUCAAGUAAUUUUUUUAUUUUCAUCCUAACUCCUAACUACACUAAAUUUUCUUUAUUAAAAUCUGGUAUCUCGAAAUUUGAAAAACAAACCAUUUCAACUCGUUCAUAUUGACCAGUUUUUGUGUUCAAAUGGUUUAAUUUAUAUUUGACCAUAUACAAUAUUUCAUUAGUAAUAAUACCAAUAAUCUGAUUGUAAAAAUAGAUUAUUGGUGGCAAAUAAACAUAUCGACGGACUGAAUGUAUUUUAACAAUUUAAGUGUCCAUCGGAUAAACAGGUGUUUUUCGUUAUGCCAUCAUGAUUCAGUGGAUCAAAACUUGCUGAAAACUGAUGCUCACUGUCUGUAUAGUUUUAGUAUGUUAGUGCCAUCCGAAAUUGUUUUAAAAAGGUCAUUGCAUAUUUUAACUAUUACUACGAGGGUUGAGCCAUAAAAAGGUUCCGAGAGAGCUCCAGCCACACUGGAAGGCGCGACGCGACAUACGGUAACACCGGUCCACUCUUGAUUCCCUCAGCCGCUCUUCACUGAGCCGUUCAUCUUGGCUCAGCAGCCGUCCGAUAUGGAGCCUCCCGUUUUUGAUCCCGCCAAGUGCAAGAUUCGUUCCAUAACUCCCGUUUUGCACGCCAAAGGAACUCCAUCCAUGGAUAUUCAUAGUCAGUUGCCAGAGGUUUAUGGCGACAAGCGUAUGUCUGUUCAACACGUCCGAAAGUGAUUACAUGCGAUCAGUCUCUCUUUCGCUUUAGCGCUUUAUCACGUGACUAGUUUCAUUAAUUUAUCUGGUGCAUGAAAUAUAAUUGAAAACAGUGAAUUAAAAAUUUACAUUUUUGCAGUACAGGAAUGAAAAAUAAAGGCUAAACUAAGGUGAAAAUUAUGAAACAAAUUCAAUAAAACGGUUUACGGUACCAAACAUUUAUAUUUAUACAUACCCAUGAGAAAGAUUGAAAAACCGUGUAGAUCAUAACAUUUAAUAAAAACUUUACAGAUAUACAAUAUCUUGUUCUUUUUCUGUAUAAAAAUUAAGAUAACAAAUUAAUAUAUGUUUCUGAUGGAUGAAAGUAUUUAAAAUCAAUUUGUUUCAAUGAACGAAAAAUAAAUCUAAAGCUCUAAAGAAAUUUUAGUUUGAAAAGCUACAGACGCAUUUAAAAUCAGUAAAACUUGAAUCUAAGGCCCGUAUCGUCAGUCGUCCCUACAAUUGUAGGGCGCGUUUAUGGCCUCCUUGAUUGUGAUACCCCUUUCUCUCCUUCAAAAAUUUCGAGAUUACACUUGUCCCGUGUCAGCGUCAGUGCUCUCCUAUUGUGAAGAUAUGUUUUCUUUUUAAAUUGUAGGAAAUUUCAGGCUGAUAAAACAUGAUAUAACUCAAAAGCAAGCACAAUUUGAUGCAAAUAGGUGUUAGUGACAUAACCUCAAAAUAGAGUUCUGACACGGAGAAGUAGAAAACUAGGACAAUCAGGAGGCCAUAAAGGCGCCCUACAAUUGUAGGGACGACUGACGAUACCGGCCUUAAAAAUUGUCUGUUAGAGCCGUUUUACACACAAGAGAAUUACUCCGAAAAUUAUGGUCAUAAUUAUGCCGAAAAUUUUUGCUGUCGUAUUACACGUAAAAGAAUUCUUGUGAAAAUUUUCAUGGUAAAAAUAUAAAACCCGUUCUAUAUUAUAUGCGCGAGAAUUGGCGCAGAGGGUUAUUUCCGUGCAUGUCAAUAUCAAAUGUCAACGACAACAACAACAACAACAUAACCUCACUUAACAUUUGUGGGAGUGGUCCUGUUCGAGUCGUACGAAGGAGCGUUUAUUGUUAUUGUUUAUUCAUAAUGUCGUGGAAUCGGGAAGAAUUUACAAUGUUGUUGGAGGAGUACCAAAAAUGGCCAAACCUGUACAAGGUGAAGUCACCCAAUUACAAAAACAGAAAUUUGCGGCGUCAGGCGCUGGAUGCGAUAGUCC